CGGCGGCGGCGCAGAGCUCGUCGGGGCCCGCGGCGCUGCCCUACGGCUACUUCGGCAGCGGCUACUACCCCUGCGCGCGAAUGGGCCCGCACCCCAACGCCAUCAAGUCGUGCGCGCAGCCCGCCUCGGCCGCCGCCGCCUUCGCGGACAAGUACAUGGACACCGCCGGCCCCGCGGCGGAGGAGUUCAGCUCCCGCGCCAAGGAGUUCGCCUUCUACCACCAGGGCUACGCGCCGGGGCCUUACCACCACCACCAGCCGGUGCCUGGCUACCUGGAUAUGCCGGUGGUGCCCGGCCUCGGGGGCCCCGGCGAGUCGCGCCACGAGCCCCUGGGGCUUCCCAUGGAAAGCUACCAGCCCUGGGCGCUGCCCAACGGCUGGAACGGCCAAAUGUACUGCCCCAAAGAGCAGGCGCAGCCUCCCCACCUCUGGAAGUCCGCUCUGCCGGACGUGGUGUCUCACCCCUCAGACGCCAGCUCCUACAGGCGGGGUAGGAAGAAGCGCGUCCCUUACACCAAGGUGCAGUUGAAAGAACUCGAACGGGAAUACGCCACGAAUAAGUUCAUUACCAAGGACAAACGGAGGCGUAUCUCAGCCACCACGAAUCUCUCCGAGCGGCAGGUGACAAUCUGGUUCCAGAACAGGAGGGUCAAAGAGAAAAAAGUCAUCAACAAACUGAAGACCACUAGUUAAUGGAUUAAAAGCGGAGAAAGAAGGAACUUGAAGAAAUGCUUCGCGGGACUCUCUGCUUUACCCAGAUCAUGGUUAUAGCGCUUAAUGAUAACUGAAGAACGGAAACGAGAAAGAGAGAGACACUGGCAUUUUGCUUUCCUGAGGGGGGAGACUCUUUCUCCUUGGUGGAAUCAACUAUUUUAAAACGUUAAGAAAUGGUAAAGACUGCCAGUUCUUCCGCCAACCCCACCAGACCAUUAAAUGACAAACUCUGGUGUCAAAUGUCAACCCCUAAGUACGCAGUUUCAGAUAAGUUACGCAUUUACUGAAAUCUUGUAAGUAUUUAUGUGACCGUUAUAUUUUAGGACAUUAUGUUAUAUGGUAAUAAUCCGAAAACUGAUGACAAAAGCAAGAGGCUGUUGUAAACAUCUGCCCACCCUUCCCCAUCGCCAUCCCCUUUGCAUGUUAAGUGACUGCUCAGGUAAAUCUUAGUUAAAACCCUACCGUUGUUGUAUAUUCUGCAGAACAUGUCCUGUAUUUAGAUUUAGAGGGGGAAAGAGAAGAAGGUACUGAAAUAAUGAUUUUUUUUCUGGACUAUUUUCUGUGAAGGGAGAUAGGGAGAGAAAGCUCUUCCAAGGAUCAUUUGUCUUGGGAGGAGUACAACCAGCUGAGCCUUUGAGGCUACAAGGGAACCCCAGGUUGAGGAUGUCCUUCUGAUAAUUUUUAUUUGCUUAUAACAAGCAUAUUUUGUGGCACUUGGACUAUGUUUUCUGCCCCGAUAUAAUUUACUUUCCAAAGGAUUUGAUAUUUUUUAAAAUAUUCAAAGCAUCAGACGAUCCACAGAAUUCACUUUAUAUCAGCUCUCCUGAGAGGUGCCACCCUAACAUGGUGGACUUCGGUUUAAAUACAAUUAAAUUUUCACUUACAUUGCUCUUUCCCAAUAUUUACUAAACAUAUUGCGGGAGAAAUCACUUUUAUUUUCUUGUUUUAUAGAAAACUCAGAACGAAAAUCCAUUACCCCGAAACGUUGAGAGGUUUACAUUCUAUAUUUUGAUCUGUUAAGGGAUUCCUAUUUUUCCUUGUUUAUUGCGUUAGGAGGCUGCAUUAGAAAGUUUAGGCAUUCCUCUUCACAGCACAUUUUUAAUCAAGCAGUUAUUUCAGUCAGCACAUUCAUUUUGUUCAUACUCACUAUAAAAUGCUAUCUUGUAAAUAAAGACAUUCAGCACACUGUGAAAAUGUAUUUGUGCACCUGCUUUCCAAAUAUUUCUACUAAGAAUAAUAAUUAAAAAACAAAAAAACAAAAAACAACCCUUAGACCUGUAGAUAGUGCUAUAGUGGUGUUAAUUAUGUUAAUAAAAUAGUCACUGCCAUUAAAAUCUGAAGGAAAUAGUCAUUAUUUUCCCAGGCUAAACGUGCACUGCACAGAAAUAAAAGGAGCAGGUUUGUCCUACACAAACCGAGGACCAUGCUUUUCUAUUAUUAUUUAGCUUUUUUUUUUUUUUUUCCUACAAAUUUUUUAAGCAAGGGGAGAAAUCCCUCAUCGCUAAAAUCCUAAAAAUUUCAGAAAGUGCUUCAAAAAGGUUAAAAUGUCAGGUAUGCUGAAGAGGAAGAAAAAGAAACGAGGAAGAGAGAGUAUAAAUUCUCAGGCUCCCUGCCGAAAAUGAAAACCAGUUGUUUAGUAUCAGCGAUGCCCAGGCCGUCGUAUUUUAAAAUCUGCUGUUGGGUCUGCAUGCGUCUGAGAGGGCAGGUUUUGAUAUUUGUUGAAAUGGCAGGACUAGGAAAGGCCUUAAACCUUGACCUUGACGAAAAAAGACAAUUUGUGACCUUGACUUUUGACAGCUCAUGAAUUGGCCUCGGCUGGAUUAGUAGAUCAAGGGCGCCACCUCGCGUUGACAAGCUUCCUUGUAAUUCUUCAACUUCAAGGGAAUCAAAAGAAAGGUCUUACCUUCUUGACUCCUUAGAGAUUUAGUACUCAUUUCUUUGGCUCCAGAUGGAGUAAAUUUGAAUAUAUGUAAGUUAUACAUGUGCCUGUACAUAUGUGAAUAUAUAUCAUAUAUGUGUAUACAUAUAUGCAUAUCAGUGCUUGUGUGUGCUUGUAUAUAUAUGUUUGUAGAAUCUGUACAGAUACACAGUAUCAUUAAUUACUGAUGACCUGAGAAGUUGUAAUUUAAGGUGAUUUCUAGAGCUGAGGUACAAAAUGUACUUUACGUGAUGAAGUUUUGCUCCUUUCAUGGCCAAGUUCAAUUUCGUUUUCAUAGUGACUUGCUCUGCAUCAGACUUCUGCAGAUCUCCUCUAAAGCUGUACAUUUUUGUAACAAUCUAAGAGGUGUUCUUAAGUAACCAUUCUUUCCCGGCCUCGCCCUCCAAGGUGGUCUACCAUCCUCAUUAGAGCUAUAGGGGAGUCUGUACGGCAAAUAAAAAGUUUCAGAUGCCUCGCUAACCCUAGAGUUCUAGAGUUACAUUUCAGAAAUUCAAAGAAACCCACCUCUUCAGAGGGUCAGUGUGGAGAGCUUAAAGAUCUCAUUAUCUACAAAAUGACCGUGAUAUAGAUGCAGAAGGAGACUUAUCCUGGAUAGCUCAGACCUGAGUGCUGCUCCUGGGUGGUGUGCAAUCUUAUAUUGAUGUUUGCGGAGUUGCCAUUUGAUUUGUGGAAGAAAUAUAUACAUUUAAUAUUAACAACCACCAUCAAAACUAUAAUAAUAUUAAGUAUUAUAUUUACUACUUAGUGACCCCCUAACAACAAAUCAGGGCUGUGUUUAGAGUCAUAAAUAAUACAUGUGUAUGUUUAUAUAUUUAAUAGACACCUAGGGUAACAUGUUUUUGUAGAAUCCAUGCUAUGCACAUAUGUAUUGCAAUGUUGGUGGAACCAGGAGCCUUAUGAUGCAGAAUUUUGAGAUGAGGUUAAUUUUAUCUUUAUGUCAGAGGAAAGUCACUGUGACCAGAAGAAUCGUAUUCAUCAUUUUAAGGGAAAAUAAUACUGGUUGGUUUCAAACCCGAUGGAAACCUCUCCGACCUGAAGAUGUAGAGCUUGUUUAUAGAUGGACAAUUAUAGAAUCCCUAAGGCUGUCUCAAAAACGGCACGGUCUUGAGACAGACAAAUGGAACGGCCUUGUGAGGUGCAAUCAAAUUUUGCUGCCCCGAGAUCUUUACGUGUGGAGACAAAUGAAAAUGAUGCUUCGUUCGGAUCAACCUCCCCACGCCUUGUGCCACAGCACUCCAUUUCUGAAGGAGCCGCCAUCGUUCCAAAGUAACAGAUUUCACCCAAAAUGUUGAAAGAGGUGGGAAAAUCCCCUCAAAACUGGAUCAAACUGCGUGAUUAUGAACAGCUCCAAAGGGGACUCUUCUGUUGACGAGGAUAUUUUUCUUUAGAUGUAAGAAAUAUUCUGAGCCUCAGGCCUAGGAAGGAGGCCAACUGCAGCUCUGCAGCGGGAUACCGCCCCUUUCACAAGCCAUCGCCACUGCAGGAACUCUGGGUAAAGUAGUGAUUUUUUUUCUCUCUCUCUCUGCAGUUUUUGAAACUAAUGACAGAAGAUAUUUCAGAGUGUUGUUUUGCUGUUGUUUUUUUUAGUUCCCCCUCUUGAUUCUAAAAUGGUUGUUUAUAAUGUUGAUCUUACCUAACUCCCCUCUUAUUUAAAAUUCCCUUGGAUCUACCAGACAGCCUGAAGUAAGCAUGGAUUGUGAUGGCUCCCUAAUGCCCCCAAAUCAAUUAGUCUAAACCUGUAGAAUAAAAGACAUCCAGGAGGACGCCAGCCACCGUAAGGAAGGGUAAUGCCAAACACUGGGAGAGUGUUGUUGAAUGGCUGAUUUGAGUAUAUUUUUUUAAAAAAGGGAAACUUUCUGAAUAAGACAUUGUAAGCAUGCAAACUAGACACCAUUUUCAUUUAUUAAACUAGAGAAGAUUUUAAA